AUGGGCAUAGAGAUUGACAAUGAAUGUUUGUUCACACUUCAAUUCGCAGACGAUCAAAUAAUAGUCGCCAAUGACAAAGAUGAUAUGCAAUAUAUGCUAAGAAAACUUAUUGAAGAAUACGGAGAAUAUCUAUGUAUAGGCACACAAGAAGGAAAUUUGAACUUGGACAACGGUCACGAAAUUAUUCAGUGUCAAGAGUAUGAAUACAUGGCAAUUACAUUUGAUAACACUGGAACUGACGGCAGAGAAAUAGAGAAAAGGAUUAUCAACGCGAAAAAAAUAAUCGGAUGUCUAAAUGGAAUCUUAUGGAGUAAAUCAAUAAUAAAGCGAAUAAAAUUCAAUAUACAUGAAACAAUGAUAAAGAGCAACCUCCUGUAUGGAGCAGAAACAUGGAGAAUAACUGAGAGAUACAAGAAGAGGAUAGAGGCCGUAGAAAUGGAUGUCAUUCGAAGAUUAAUUGGAAUUUCAAGACAACAACGAAUAAGAAAUAAUACCAUAAAACAACAAAUGGGGUAUAGAAGGUACGAUAACACAGGAUAUAGAGAAAAAAGUGAUCUGGAUGAAGAAAACGAACAAGAUGAAGAUCAAGAAGAAGAACAACAACAACAAGAAGAUCAGACUAGUAAAGUUCUAAUUUUAAUAG